CUUACCCUCCAUUCCAAACACGGGAUAGGGAUAGGGUGGUGUCACGGUCGAGGUUAGCGUUGCACUCCAGCAACGAAAAAGAUUCCAACUUAUCCAGGAAAUACCUUAUCCUUGAUCUCCGAUUGCACCAACCCAGAUUGAGAUCUUCCGAUCGACGACAAGGCAUCUGCAUAAAACUUAAAGUGCAGAGCAAGGAUAUGAGAUGCCAAGGACUUUGCAGACAUGAAGAUAGAAGUGCAAAAUUUAGAUAGAGGAAAGGCAUAAGGCCUGAGAAUGGGUAUUCGGCCCCGAAGCAGUAGUGAUCGCAUGAGGACCAUUUGGACACCAGAAAUGGAUCGCUAUUUCAUUGACCUCAUGCUAGAGCAAGUCAACAAAGGGAAUAGGAUUGAUGAUCAUUUAUUCAGCAAACGGGCAUGGAAGCACAUGACAUCAUUGUUCGAUGCAAAAUUCAAAUUUCAAUACAAAGUAGAUGUUUUGAAAAAUCGGCACAAAACACUAAGAAACCUAUACAAGUCUAUAAAAAAUAUUCUUGACCAGAAAGGGUUCUACUGGGACGGAGUACGACAAAUGGUGACUGCUGAUAAUAAAGUCUGGGAUGACUAUAUCAAGGUAAACCCUGAUGCACGAUCUUACAGAAUAAAAACGAUUCCAUAUUAUAGUGAUUUGUGCUUGAUAUAUAAAAAUGCAACUGUGGAAGGAAAAGGGAACCCUUCUAGCCAAGAUGACAACAAUGAUAGAAAUAUGGCAGGAUCAGAGACAGGUAACUUGUUGGAAGAUUUAAAAUUUCCUGCUACUACCGCUGAUGAAGGGGAACUCGGUGACAAUUUGGUGGAAUCAUCAUUGCAUUCAGGUGAUAAGACUACAACAAUGGAAGUAACCCAGCAUAGCAAUUUUGGUGAAGGAGCUGUGGAUGCCCUUCAUGAAAUAAUUAUCAAUGAAGAUUAUGGUGUCUCUACGUCAGAUGGAAAAAUGGAUGACACACCUCAACCAGUAGCUGAUACUGGCUCCAUGAUGGGUACUCGUUCAAGGACUUAUUGGCAACUACCAAUGGACCGUUAUUUCAUAGAUCUUAUGGUAGAGCAAGUGCAGAAAGGGAACCAGAUUGAUGGUCUAUUUCGCAAACAAGCAUGGAUGGAGAUGAAUGCAUCAUUUAAUGAUAGAUUUGGCUAUAAGUAUGAAAUUGAUAUUUUGAAAAACCGAUAUAAAACUCUAAGAAGGCAGUACAAUGUUAUAAAGAAUCUUCUUGACUUGGAAGGGUUUGUGUGGAAUGAAGCACGCCAAAUGGUGACUGCUGAUGAUUGUGUCUGGCAAGAUUAUAUUAAGACACAUACAGAUGCACGACAAUACAUGACCAGACCAGUGCCAUACUUCAAAGAUUUGGGUGUGAUAUGUAGGGAAUUAAGUGGUAAUGGAAGAGACAUUGUCUCGGGUCAGAAUUCAGGACAACCAGAUGAAAUCCUUGAAGCCAAGAUUACCAGAGCAUCGAAGGGUUCACAAUCUCCUGCUGCAUCAGUUUCAGUUGAAGAUCAAGUUGGUGAUUUACACGACUCAUCUCUUAAGGAUUUUAAAUUCAGUCCUGAUCAGCCAAACAAACGUCAACUAGAAAACCCGUCAUGCUCUGUAAAUUCCAAGAAAUCACAUAGCAAAGAUGAGGGCAUGGCUAAUGCCCUCCGGGAGAUGGCAACUGCAGUUUCUUCUCUGGCUGAUAAGAAAAAAGAGGAUGAGAACGCCGUCUCCAUAGAGUCUGUGAUUGAAGCAAUACAGGCCUUACCCGACAUGGAUGAAGACCUUGUGUUGGAUGCUUGUGAUUUGUUAGAGGAUGAAAAGAAAGCGAAGACAUUUUUGGCAUUGGAUGUUAAACUAAGAAAGAAAUGGUUGUUUAGGAAGCUUCGUACCGUUUAGUUUCUAGCUACUUUUCUUCUGUAUAACAAAUAACUACUGAUGUUUCUUCACGUCUGUGGUUUAAUCUUUACUGACAGACUAAACUGGAUUGUUGUUUAGCAAUUCCAAGAUAUGAAUUCCAGUUUACUUUA